AUGCAGGCGCUCCCGCACCGCGCGUCGCGCAGUGAAGUGCAACCCCCGCUCUGGAUUUUCUUGAGUGCCGCAGGGGCUGCUGUGAAGAGCUUCGCUGACGAUGUGGUGCAGGCGCCAUGGCCCGACCAGGCGGCGGCGGCGGCGGCCGACGAGAUCGCACUGGAGUCCGAGUACCCCUUCAGCCAGCUCCCCUUCGACGGCAUCUUCGGGCUGGGCCUGCGAGGCCUGUCCGCGGGGCCCGACUUCAACUUCGUGGCCCGCCUGAAGGCUGGCGCCGCCGCCGCGGAGCCGGUCUUUGCCAUCUUCUUGCGGGACCUGCUGGCGGAGGAGGACAGCGAGAUCAGCCUCGGUGGCUUCCGUGAGGAGCGGCUCCUGCACGGCGGCGGCGGCCUGCGCUGGCUGCCGAUGCCACAGGCGGAGGCGGACAAGAAGGGGUACUGGCUGGCGGGCUCUCCAGGGGCGGGGCCCUGCGUGGCGGUGGCCGCCGCAAUGGGGAAGCCCCGCGCGGAGUCGGCGGGCGGCGGGCUGGCGCCCGAUGGCCGCGAGGACAGCCCACCGCCAGUGUCGCGGGCAAGACGCGCAGGGCCGAUCGGAGCCAUCCGGGGAUGCUACGAGGAGCCUUGUCAGCGCCGUGAUCCGCCCGCCGCGGGCGGAAUACCAGGUGCAAGACCUCGGGCCACCGCACUUCAAGCUGGAGCGGCACGAGUACAUCCGCGAGGACGUCCAGGUGAAGAAUGCCAGUGGCCUCACGUUGGAGUGCUCUUGGUGGCAGCCCUACUGCUCGUCGCAGAAGCGGCACCCGUGUGUCGUGUACAUGCACGGCAACUCGUCUUGCCGCAUCGAGGCGAUGGAGAGCACCUCGAGAUGAUUGUCGAGAUGGGCGUGACGCUCUUUGCGUUCGACUUCGCCGGGUGCGGCAUGUCCGAAGGUGACACAAUCACCUUGGGAUGGAACGAGAAGGACGACGCGCGCUGCGUCAUUGACUUCCUCCGCGCGAGUGGGCGGGUCUCCACCGUGGCGCUGUGGGGGCGCUCCAUGGGUGCCGCCACGGCCCUCCUGCACGGGCACCGGGACCCGUCCAUCGCCGCGCUGAUAUUAGACAGCCCCUUCGCGGACCUCCACCAGCUCGCGCGAGAGGUCGCAGUGAACUUGGUCUUCGGGCGGAGGCCAGGCGUGCUGGUGAGCGCGGCCCUGAGGGUGCUGAGGUCCACCAUCCAGAAGAGGUCGGGCCUCGACAUGUUCCGGCUGAAGCCCAUAGAGAACGCCGGCUCGACGUUCAUCCCAGCGCUCUUCGUCGCGGGCGACGGCGACAGCUUCAUUGCCCCGAGCCACUCCUGGGAUAUCCACAGCCGCUACGCAGGGGACAAGAACUUGGUGAUGGUCGCGGGUGACCACGACUCGCGGCGGCCAGGCUACCUCCACGACAGCAUCGCCAUCUUCCUGGGCGACCGGCUGCUCGGGCCCGCCGCGGCGGGCUAG